AUGGCACACAUUUUUGCGCUAGCUGAGCCAGCAAGACCAGCAUAUCAUGAGGGUAAUCGUAAUGGAGAUCAAGUUAAAUUCCCAGACACUGGAUUUUUCCAAGGAUUCAAUAAGCCCUCACGUUUAGAAGCCGACAUCUUCGAGCUGGAAACCACGGGCGAAAUUCCAAAGGACAUCAACGGCACGUUCUAUCGCAUACAGCCGGACCAUCGUUUCCCACCAUUAUUCGAAGAAGACAUCCAUUUCAAUGGCGAUGGGUCGGUUUCCGCGUUCCGGUUCGAGAAUGGACAUGUGGAUUUCCGACAGCGAUAUGUGCAUACUGAUCGCUUCAAAGCGGAGACAAAGGCUAGAAAGGCAUUGCUUGGGAAAUACAGAAAUCCAUACACGGACAACGAGAUGGUCAAAGGAAUAAUCAGAACGGCGAGUAAUACAAACAUCACGUUUUGGCGUGGGGUCCUGCUCGCGUCGAAAGAAGAUGGCCCACCUUUUGCCAUGGAUCCCGUAACACUGGAGACUAUUGGACGCUACGAUUUCGACGGUCAAGUUCAGUCUCCUACUUUUACAGCGCAUCCUAAAUUCGAUCCUGAUACUGGAGAGAUGGUUUGCUGGGGGUAUGAAGCCGGAGGUGAUGGCCACGAUGCAAGCUGCGAUAUUGUAGUCUACACCAUCGACAAGGACGGCAAGAAAACGGAGGAGUGCUGGUACAAAGCACCUUUCUGCGGAAUGAUACAUGAUGGUGCUAUCACAAAGAACUUCCUUAUUUUACCUUUGACACCAAUCAAAGCGGAUGCUGAGAGACUGAAGAGGGGAGGGAAUCAUUUCGCUUGGGAUCCGAAUGAGGACCAGUGGUAUGGUAUUGUUCCACGUCGCGGUGGCAAGCCUGACGAUAUCAUCUGGCUGCGUGCAGACAAUGGUUUCCACGGCCACGUCGCUGGUUCAUACGAAGAUGAAGAGGGCAAAAUCGUAGUCGAUUUAACCGUCGCCUCAGACAACGUAUUCUUUUUCUUCCCGCCAGACAACCCAACACCGACACCAACAACCCUUCUUCAACGCAACAAACUAAUUUCUGAUACAUACCGCUGGAAAUUCGACCCAAAGGCUCCCACGAACACCCGUGUCACGCCUACUCUCAUCUACGGCAUCAACGGCGAAUUCUCGCGGGUCGAUGACCGCUACCUCACGCACAAAUACAACCACUUCUGGCAAUGUCAGAUUGACCCAACACGGCCUUACGAUUUUCCCAAGUGCGGUCCCCCAGCUGGCGGUUUAUUCAACGUGAUCGGUCAUUUUGAAUGGGACAGCUUAUCUACAAGCGAUGGUGAAAAGAAAGAGCCGGUCAAAGACACAUGGUGGGCAGGUCCAACAACGACAUUCCAGGAGCCGGUCUUUGUGCCAAAGGAGGGGAGCAACAAGGAAGGAGAGGGGUACCUUAUCGCUCUCCUAAAUCAUCUAGACGUUCUACGAAACGAUAUUUUGAUCUUCGAUGCACUGAAUAUCAGUAAGGGCCCGCUUGCAGCAAUACAUCUGCCCGUUAAGUUGAGAUUGGGUCUGCAUGGAAAUUUUAUUGAGCAGAGGGAAAUUGAUGAAUGGGCUGAGAGAAGGAAGGAGGGGGGAGAUAUUGGCCCGGCUAAGCCUGCUAAGGAGCCGCUUCCGUGGCAAAAGAAGUUCUUUGAGGAGCAUGGGUUGACUGGUGUGAAGGCUUUAGAAGGUCACAGUACUGCUAAUGGGAGGGUCGGAGUAAAUGGGCACUAG